GUGGCAGGCGUCCGGGCCCUCUUUCUCGCGAGACCUCGCGGCGUGUCGCUCGGCUCUCUCGCGAGAGCCCUGCGCGCCUAUGUGUGUUGGGCUGAGCGGAAGUAGGGCCUCUUUUGCCGUGGCGGAGCCGAGGGGAGCGGCUCGGCGAGGAUGAAGCUCAACAUCUCUUUCCCAGCCACUGGCUGCCAGAAGCUCAUUGAGGUGGAUGAUGAGCGCAAAUUGCGUACCUUCUAUGAGAAGCGGAUGGCCACUGAAGUUGCUGCUGAUUCUCUUGGUGAAGAAUGGAAGGGAUAUGUUGUCCGCAUCAGUGGUGGUAAUGAUAAACAAGGCUUCCCCAUGAAACAAGGUGUUCUGACCCAUGGACGUGUCCGCCUUCUGCUCAGUAAGGGCCACUCCUGCUAUCGCCCCAGAAGAACUGGAGAAAGAAAACGGAAAUCUGUCCGGGGUUGCAUUGUUGAUGCCAACUUAAGUGUCCUGAAUUUGGUCAUCGUAAAGAAAGGUGAGAAGGAUAUUCCUGGACUGACAGAUACCACUGUGCCUCGUCGACUUGGUCCCAAGAGGGCUAGCAGAAUCCGCAAGCUGUUUAACCUCUCCAAAGAAGAUGAUGUGCGUCAGUAUGUGGUGAGGAGACCCCUGAACAAGGAAGGCAAGAAACCCAGGACCAAGGCUCCUAAGAUCCAGCGAUUGGUGACUCCCCGAGUUCUGCAACAUAAGCGCAGACGUAUUGCUCUAAAGAAGCAACGAACUCAGAAGAACAAGGAGCAAGCGGCAGAAUAUGCUAAGCUUUUGGCCAAGAGAAUGAAGGAGGCCAAGGAAAAACGCCAGGAGCAGAUAGCCAAGAGACGACGACUGUCCUCAUUGAGGGCCUCUACAUCUAAAUCUGAGUCAAGCCAAAAGUAAAAGAUGUAAAUGAUUAAGAAAAUAAAUCUUUUAUGGUGAAAUUGAA